CCUCCUCACUCCAACCAUAUAUACACGAAGUAUAACAUAACAACUCACACAAAACAUACACCUACAACUAAGAAUCAAACAUGGGUGCAUAUAAUAAUGAUCACCAUCCUCAACAUCAUCCCCAUUUUGAACCAAUAUCAAAAUGCAAGGUUGAUGAGAGUAGAUCAGAUCAAACUGUGGCUGCUGAUCUAGAUGGCACCCUCUUGCUCUCCACAAGCGCUUUUCCUUACUUCUUCUUGGUCGCCCUCGAAGCCGGUAGCCUUCUAAGAGCUCUCCUCCUCUUAGCCUCAGUUCCAUUUGUAUACUUGUUUUACAUAUUCAUUUCUGAGCCUCUAGCCAUUGAAACCUUCAUCUUCAUCGCCUUCGCGGGGCUCAAGGUCAAGGACAUCGAGGCCGUGUCGAGGGCCGUGUUGCCCAAGUUCUACUCCGAGGAUGUCAAUCCUCAGACGUGGAAGGUCUUCAAUUCUUGCAAGAAAAGGUAUAUCGUCACCGCUAACCCUAGGAUCAUGGUGGAGCCUUUCGCCAAGAACUUUCUCGGCGCGGACAAGGUUCUCGGGACGGAGUUGGACGUGACGAAAUCGGGUCGGGCCACCGGGUUUGUGAAGAGCCCCGGCGGCGUUCUUGUCGGGGAUCGGAAGAGAGCCGCCUUAGUGAAGGAGUUGGGGAAUAAUAAUGUGCCGGAUUUGGGUCUCGGAGAUAGACUCACGGACUGCGACUUCAUGUCACUUUGUAAGGAAGGAUACAUGGUCCCAAAAACGAAAUGCGAACCCUUGCCGAGAAAUCAGCUCCUCAGUCCCGUCAUCUUCCACGACGGCCGUUUGGUGCAACGACCGACGCCGUUAGUCGCGCUCUUGACUUUCUUGUGGAUGCCAAUCGGAAUAUUCCUUUCCAUUAUCCGGGUCUACGUCAACAUUCCGUUACCGGAAAGAAUCGUCCGUUACAAUUACAUGAUCCUCGGAAUCAAACUCGUCGUCAAAGGCACGCCGCCGCCUCCGCCCAAGGAAGGUCAACCCGGCGUCCUUCUCGUAUGCAACCAUCGCACCAUCUUAGAUCCCGUCGUGACAGCGGUUGCGCUCGGGCGGAAGAUCAGCUGCGUGACGUAUAGCAUAAGCAAGUUUUCAGAGCUGAUCUCUCCCAUAAAGGCGGUGGCUCUGUCUCGGGAAAGGGACAGAGACGCUGCCCAUAUCAAGAAUUUAUUAAAGGAGGGUGAUUUGGUCAUUUGCCCCGAAGGGACGACGUGCCGCGAACCGUUCUUGCUCCGGUUCAGCGCGCUUUUCGCGGAGCUUACCGACCGGAUCGUGCCCGUGGCGGUGAACACUAAGCAGAGCGUGUUUUACGGGACGACGGUUCGAGGGCAUAAGUUGUUGGACCCGUACUUUGUGUUCAUGAAUCCUCGGCCGACGUACGAGAUCACGUUCUUGGACCAACUCCCGCCGGAGCUCACUUGCCGGAACGGAAAGUCGCCGAUCGACGUCGCAAAUUAUAUCCAGAAAGUGUUGGGUGGGACCCUGGGGUUCGAGUGUACGAGCCUGACUAGGAAGGACAAGUACACGAUCAUUGCCGGAACAGAUGGACGGGUGGUUCGUACCAAGGACAAGGAUGGAAAGAACAAUGAAAAUAAAUUUGACAAAAUUAAAAAGGACGACAAAUAAAUGAAGGGAAUUAUUUAACUUUUAUUUCUGGAAUCCUUUCAAAAGAAAAAAAAUAACUUUUGUUUAUGGAAUAUAGUAGUAAUUGUAGUUACGUUGUACGUCAGUACGUGUAAUUGAUACGUAUCUGUGAUUUUCUUUUCAUCCAUUUUUAAUAUCACUCGUAAUUUUCAGCGUAAAAUGAUACACUAAUUAAUCAGAAAAGCUAUUGUUGAUCACAGAUCCUGAAUGUUCAAGAAUCAUGAUAUGAUACUGAAAAUAUAUUUAUAAUAAAAUUAAAUGUGAUUCUUCAUUCAUGCAUUGAUCUCCCUUUUACUCCUCC